UCACCUUGUAAUUUGACCUUAUCAGCUGAUUUUAUUAUAGAUAUUUUUUAUACCGUAUUUUAUAUAAAUCUAGUAACAAUAACACAGUAACUUAUGUUAUUCGUCUUAGGCAUUAAUAAUUAUUCUCUUUCUGAAACGAACAAAAUUGGUACGAAGUCCUGGUUACGCAUUUAAUUUAAAAUUAAACUUCUUAAAUAGAAAACUUAUUUUAAAUGUGGAAAACCAUCUAAACUACUUAAUACCGUUUAAGAAAAAUAAAACAUGAGUUUAAGUUUUUUCACAAAUAGUUAUAAAUUUAAAUUUACUGUAUUUCAACAAAUUCGGCAAGUUUCUUGUUGGUCCUGCGGGAAAGAUGUUAAGACUUUGAUCUCUAAUUUGUUUUGUUCAAACUGCCAAGUUCUACAAGAACCAGAUGUAAAUAGCAACUAUUUCAAUGUAAUGGGAGUGAAAGAAACUUACGACCUGGAUGAAAACGAAUUAGCAAAGAAAUAUAAAGAUCUUCAAAAGUACUUACAUCCAGAUAAAUUUGCUAACAAAAAUAAACAAGAACUAGAAGUAUCUGAAAAAUAUUCAUCUUUAGUGAAUGAAGCAUACAAAACACUUUUGGAACCAAUGUCAAGAGGUAUAUAUAUGUUACGUUUAAGAGGCAAGGAAAUUCCUGAAAAUACAGAGGUUGAUCAAGGGUUCCUUAUGAAGAUCAUGGAGAAGAAUGAGGAAGUUGAAAGUGCAGAAACAGAAGCUGAAAUUAUGAAACUUAAUGAGGAAAUUAAAGCUAUGAUCAAAACUUUACAAAAACAAGUGUCUACUGCAUUUUUUGAUGGUGAUCUGAAGAAAGUUAUUAAAUUAUUGAGUAUAAUGAAAUAUUAUGCUAGCAUAGACAAUCAAAUACAAAGUGCAAUUAGAAAUAAAGGAAUAAUACGAUAAUUCUUAUGUCUUCAUAUAAUAAUACAUUAGUUAACAUGAAUCUGAAAGUUAUUAAAAUUUACAAUGACAUAUUUUUACAAUAAAAAAUUAUAGUCAUUUUUUUAGUCUGUAUGAA